UCUAUUUAAUGCCUUACGUCGUUGCAUCAAUUCUCAUUUUAGCUUCUUUAGAAACUCGCAAAACAACGAACAAGAAGGUGUUCUUAUCACCAAGUAAGCUCUAUACUAUCUAGUUUGCACCAUAUUUUAAUCAUAUACAAUAUACAUAUCAACACAAUAGCGCAAUGAAACGUGUAGGUAAAACGGUACAUGAGGAGAAGGAUUCAUCUUGGUCUCCGCGUGGUUCGCUGAAAAAGGUAACUGCUACAAUACGGGAGGGUAUGCAAACCCUCACAGAGUUGGCUCAAGCCGCCUCAGUUACUACUUUAGAUAGUGACGCAUUUACAUUCGACUUUUCGAUCACCGAGGAUGAUCUCAUCCCAGGCAAGACCGGGAGAGAGCUAUUUUUGGAUAAAUUCAGUGAAAAGGAUGUAGCCAAGUGGAUGGAGGACAAGGGCGUGCUUGAUAUACUACGUAAGAAGGGAUUCAAAGAUUGUGUACUGGAUUUUGAUUUAUCUGGGAUGACCGUAGAUAAAUUUCGGAUAUAUGAUCUUGGGGUCAAGGUACCUGGGAAGAACGGUGUGCUAUUGGACUGCAAAGACCCUCUUGCGGUGAAGCCAAGUGCCAAGAAUAACAUCAUGCCAUACCACCUAACCCAUGAUAACUACACGAGUACAUCGCAGUACGAUGACCCGGCUGAGAAGCCACCAAACGACAUACCGCCCAUUGUGGAAGCUGCUAUACGCUUGAAAUUCGAUUUGCAGAAAUCACAUGCGAUGAGAAUGGCUACCGCCGGUGUAGAACGUGACGGGGAUUUGAUACUACCACGGUCAACGCACAGAGAGACAUAUGAGUUUUUGCAUAAGCUUGAGGAAGCAGACGUAAACUUUUUGUAUGUUGAAUGGCUGCUACUGCAGAAUGUUACAAAGGAGCUAGACGGACACCUUCACAAUGCAUUACCAGGUCAACUGUAUCCAGGGUUGGGUAUCAUGGAGCCCAUGGCAGAGAUAUUAUUGACUAAAAUAGUAGAGGGAAGGGACGUCGUACUGAACAAUCCAUUAUAUUUCCAUAAUGCAAUUAUGUAUCGCGAUCUGCCAGGAACCGUUUUCCUCAACCCAGAGUACGAAGGUGGGUCAAUUGCGGUUGUGUCUUGGAAUGAAACUAUAGCUUCUGGAGGAUGUAUGUGAUUUUUA